AUGCGAACAAAACAUCUCAAUUUAAAGUUUAAAUUACCGACAAUAUUUGUUUCCUACAUUUUCUCGAAGCUUUUAUCAAAUGUUUUGAAAAUUGAAGAAAAUCAAUACCACUUGAAUCACUUCAGGCAACAAUUAGAUAAUCUGAUAGUGCUUGCUUAUGCAUCCUUCACAUGUUCACAACUUACAUACAUGUUCACUAAAGCGAACAUUAAUGUUGACAAAUUUGCGAAGUCAUAA